AUUUUCCUCUCUUUUCUUUUCCCGAAAGGAAAAGAUCCAAGGAGAAAAACAAUCGAUCAAUCCCUAAUCCAACCCCUUCCCUCUAAAUUAUGCGUUUUUCAUACCUCCUCACAUCAUCGCCCCGUCCCACGACGGCGUCCUCCUCCUCCUUAUCCACUGCAAUCCCGCCGUCGCCGCCCCAUCUAUGAAAUCGCAUCACCACCACCACCAUCUCCCAAAUCCAUUGCCCCCAUCCCCAUCCCCAUCCCCAUCUCCGUCGCCGUCACCGUCACCGUCUCGGACGCCGCUCCUUCUCCUCCCGGCGUUAUUCUCCUCGUCCUCCUUAGAUCUGACCACAAUCCUCUUCAUCGCCGCCUUCCUCCUCCUCUCCCUCCUCUCCCUCUCCUUCAUCCUCUACCUCCGCCUCAAAUCCCGGCGUCUCCACCAUCUCGAGAAUUUCAAUUCCCUGUGGACCGUCCGAUUGCUGCUCGUCCUUCUCUCCGCCGCCUGGGCGGCCAACGAGAUCCUCCGAUUGCCGGCGGUGAGGAGAGAGUACGUUUUCUCCUGCAAAAUUCACGUGAUUCUCUCCCUUGGCCUUCUGGAGCCGAGUUUCCUGUAAAUGUCUCAAUUAAGAAGAAGAAAAAGAAGGGAAGCUGCAGCUGCCUGAUGGCGUCCAUUGUGUGUUCCCUAAUGACGCUGCUGCAGGUGGUGUCGGUGUACUUGUCACCAGACAAUGACGAUGAAGACCAGAAUAUGCUCUGUACUUAUCCCUUCCUCAGCUGCGUCCUCUUCGGGGGAUUUGCUGCGGUUUACGCAGUGGUGUUCCUGAUUGCGUGCUGGCGGGUGAUGGCUGUUGUCAUAAACAAAGGGAUGAGGAGAAGGAUUGGGGCUCUGGUCUCAUCUGUAAUCGUGGCCCUCUCGGUGCAGAUAACAUGCCUCAUUCUUUCGUGCCUUCUCUUCCCAGAGGACACCGUUUAUGGCUUCCUCGUGCUUGCCAUGUUCAUCUUCGUCCUCGGGGCUAUGGCCAUUGGGGACCUCAUACUCAUAAUCACUCCAAUCACACACGCUCUACAGCUCAACCCUCCGCCCUUGACAGCAACUUGUGAUUCUGGUGGAAAUUACUUUUCGUCCUCCUGUCCUGUAUUUUACAUGACACAAGCAGAAACUCCUCAAAUCCUAAAUCAUCACGAGGUGCCGCAGAGGGUGAUGCAAACGGCGACUUUGCCCGUGAUGGCUCGAAUCCAGGGGCUGCAGAACUUGGUGUCGUCGAUGUCAUUAGCGAAAAUAUGCCAGUUGUUUAUGGAUGAUAUGGACGUGGUCCUAGGGUCGAUGGUGCAAGGGACCGCUAAGGCUCAAAGGACCUGUUCCAAGUUGAAAAGAGUCAAAGUGGAGCAUGCCCAAUGCAGAGAUCGCGAAAACGUACUAGCGUCUUGUCUUGAUGAGGUGGGAAACAUGUAUGAAAAAGUCUUCAAUGAUUAUGCCGUUUUCACUGUAGAGAAGGAUAGCCUUGAAGUGCGACUAGAGGAGGCCGAUGGUAGACAUGAAUGUUGUCUUGGUUUAAAGAUCGAGUUAGCUAGAGGAAGAGAUGUUGGCUUCCAAGAACGGAAAGAGAUUGGCAAGGAGACGGCGAAGGGUCUUAUGGUGAAAAUGGGGUCCUUGCAGAGACAGAGAGAGUGGAUGCCAUUCGACGCCGAUGCAGUACUUAAGGAGCGGGCAGAUCACCCAAUGCAGGCAAGGCCGAUCUCUAAGUUUGAUCCCAGCUUGGCAGUGGCCAAGGGAGGCGCCUCUAGUAGCAGAAAGGAUUUUAUCGUUCGUUGA